AUGCUCCUCCUUCUAGCCCUCGCGACCCACGUAGCCGCCCACGGCCACAUCAGCAACCUCGUCAUCAACGGCAUCUCGUACGAUGGCUGGGAUAUCAAUGCGUAUCCAUACAUGAGCGAUCCCCCCAUCGUCGCAGCCUGGGGAACUCCCAACACAGGCAAUGGCUUCAUCACGCCUGAUGAAUACGGUGAUGCCAAUAUCAUCUGCCACCUUGAUGCAGCCAACGCCAAGGGCCACAUUCCUAUCGCAGCAGGCGAUAGCAUCAGUCUCCAAUGGACGCCGUGGCCGGAUUCGCACCAUGGGCCUGUUAUCUCCUAUCUCGCCAACUGCGGUGAAAGCUGCGAAACAGUUGACAAGGCCACGCUGGAAUUCUUCAAGAUUGAUGGCGUUGGUCUGGUAGAUGGUACCACCGUCCCCGGAGUCUGGGGCGAUGACCAACUCAUCGCGAAUAACGAUAGCUGGAUGGUGAAGAUCCCCGAGGAGAUAGCACCAGGGAAUUACGUGCUUCGACACGAGUUGAUCGCGCUGCAUGGGGCGUUUGCAGAGGGCGGCGCGCAAAACUAUCCGCAGUGUUUUAAUUUGCAGAUCACGGGGAGUGGAGAUGUGAAGCCGGAUGGAGUGUUAGGGACGGAGUUGUAUACCUCGACUGAUGAGGGGAUUCUGGUGGAUAUUUAUCAGUCGUUGACGAGUUAUACGGUGCCUGGGCCGACGUUGAUUCCGCAGGCUGAGGUUAUUGUGCAGGCGAGCUCAACGAUUACUGCGACUGCGACUGCUGUUGUUGGUUGA